AUGACUCAUAUGCACAACUUUAUGCAAGAAUAUGAGUCACUGAACCACAUGAAACGAGCCAAGGCAAGUCCAGUCAACUCUCCAGUGUAUUAUUUGCCUCAUCAUGGUGUCUUAAGAGAAGACAGUAUUACUACAAAACUCCGUGUAGUAUUGAAUGGCUCUAGUCCAUCUUCUAGUGGUCUAUCAGUGAACGAUAUUCAACAUACUGGUGCCAAAGUCCAGAAAGACAUUGCAGACGUACUCAUUUGGAUCAGACAGCAUAAAUUUGUGUUCACAUCAGACAUCACAAAGAUGUACAGGCAAAUCAAAGUCCAUCAAGAUGAUUGGGAUCUCCAGAGAAUCCUAACCAUUGCAUCUGUACGACGAGUCUGGCACAAUCAUAUGGAAACCUGUAGUCUCUAA